GCAUCGCCUGGGUGCCGGUGCUUGGGGGCCACGGGCCUUCCCUGCGCCUCGCCCGCCGCCCCGUGCUGUGGUUAGCGGGGCUCAUGGUGCUGCUGCUGACCCUGCCGGCCUCCUGCGCCGCAGAUGAGCUGUCACUGGAGCAGCGAAAUCUUUCUUUAUACUCUGUGGAGCUCAUGUUGAAGAAGAAUACGGUGCAAACCACUACGCACGCGGCCUUAGCAGAGAUUGCACCAGAAUCCCAGGAAAACAGUUUUCUCCAUGUGGUAGUAUCUUCGUCUGCUACUUCUUUUGGCACAACCUUUUUUAACCAAGAAAAAAUGAGCCGGAACACAGCAGAACUAAAUAUCUCAGUUGUAGAUUAUUUCUCAAUGACAAGUAAUGAGGCAUUCCUACAUGAUGAUGGAUUGGUUAGUUCAUUUCCAGAAACACACUGGACUGCUACAUCUUCUCCAGUGGUGCAUGCCACAGUGAGUCUAUUAGAGCCAUCAAAAGAAGCAUUAGAAACUGUGCUAACACCUUCAUUCCCAAUUACCUCUUUACACACUAAAGAUAUUAUAACAACUUGGCAAAGCACAAUGCAGCCACAGAUGACGUCGUUCACUGAUGUGUUUGGCCCCAUUAGUGUUGCCACUGAGACGGAUCAUUUCUCUUCAGAUGGAAUAGUUCUGACCCCAAGCAGCAAUCUGUUGCUUUAUUCCACUGACUUUUCUGUUUAUUUACCAAGUGUUGCAGUGGUAGAGGCUGUGGCUUCAGUGAGAGGAGAUGUUGAAAGCAUGCUGUUCACCCCUCAGUCUUCGUUACCGCAGCCGCUGAGUGGUAAUAUUAUGGAGCAGCUAACCUUUUCCAGCAUUCCCACGAGUGAGACAACACCACUUGUUAUGGUAACAAGUACAGAAAAAUACCCUGAAAUGUACCCUGAUAUGAAUCAAAGCCGAGAAGAGACCUUGGCUCCAAGGACCUCCCUGAUUACAAGUGUUUCACAGGCAGAACUAGCUUUCAUAAGCAGCAUAAACUCUGCUUUGUUUUCAUCUAGUCUUCCAUUUAUAUCUUUUUCCACACAACCAGAUGAUGUUACAACUAACCCUUUUCUUCCUAGCAAUUUCAGUGAAACAUCAGAAUUCCCUAGGAGUUCAAUAGGACCAGGUCACGGUGACUACACUGAGUUCAUAAGUCCUCUGCCCUCUUUCAUACCCUCUAUACAAUGCACUCACUGCAGUUUGGUUCCAUCCCAGCAAGUUUUCUCAACAGGUCUCAUAGAGAAAGAUAUGGGUUCAGGAGAUGAUGCCGAGACAUUGUCCUUUUCCAUCUUGCGAAUGAGUAGCAGCAUGCCGCUGAGUAGCGUAAUUGAUGAUUUCUCUGAAUUUGAGGAAACAUUUCAAGAGUUUGAUACCUCUUUCCCCUCAAGACCGAUGGUGUCACUGUCUUCCAGAUUCAUGGAAGGCUCUGAUGUGAACUUUAGCAUUUCAGCUUUAAUGGAUGUGCUCCCAAGUAGUGCUAUGUCUUCAUCAGCAUAUCAAUCCCAUGAGAAACCCUCUGUAGGUUUGUUAUUUGACUCUGCUUCCUACAGCUUCCUCUCUGUUCCUGAAACUGAAGUGUUACCUUCUGGUGCAACAGCAGCAUCUGACAUUACCAGUGUUCUCCUUGACUCAUCUUUCUCCAUCAUUUCAAAUACAACUAUGUCAUCAGUUGCCCUUAGAAAUGAAAAUCUGUUUGAGUCUCAUGGUUUAGUCCCUUCAAUAGAGCCAUUAUUUUUCUCUGACCAGAAGUCUGCCAGCUUUUCAGAAGAUGAAUCUAGAAGUACUUUGGAUUUUGCAUCCAAUAUUUUCUCAACUCCUCUUUUGAAUUUCACUGGCCUGGUACCUUCAUCUUCUGAUGUCAUAACCUUGAAUUCUGUGAUGCCAAAUGAUUUGUCAACAUCUUUUUCUCAGGCCUUGUCAGCCAUAGUUGAGGCAUUUAUACCAUCUGACACUGUUAGUUUGCAUUCACCUCAGUUUUUGGCCAGCAGUACUACAGACCUUGAGUUUUCGCAACUGUGGCAAAAUUCAGAUCAUCAUUUAAAUACACACCCUGUUCUAUCCAUAAAUUAUUCUGAAAUAGCACCAUCAUCAAGUUUUUCAUCUCAUCCCUUUAGGUUCUCUGAAGCAUCAUCAAUUUUACAGCCAGAUUUUGAAGUUUAUAAUACCUCAGUUUUUACAGAAACUACCUCCUACCUUGAGUUUUCACUCAUUUCCCAUGAACCUGUAGUUACCACACUAUUUGCCUCCAGUUUUGAGUCCGCUCCCAGUAUUUCAGUCAUUGGAACCCACUUGCCAUCACAGUUGACUAGUCUUCAGAUGACACCCUUUUUAGCUGAAUCUUCAGUAAUAUUCUCAACACCUAACCCUUUAGAUGAGCAUACCAGUGCUACAGAUGAUUACAAAUUUCUCUCCUCAUUUUCCCAGGCCAUUCCUAGUACUGUAUUAUUAUCUAUAAUUGAAAUGUCCUUAUCACCAUCAUCUCUCUCUCCAAUGUCCUCAUCUAUACCUGAGUUUAUCCUCUCACCUUUAUCUACGGAGCCAAUGUUUGUGGGCUCAUCAUUUGUACCCACAGAAUCACCCAAGCCUUUAAACACUGUGUUUAGUAUAGCUAAUAUGAGUGCUGCUACUGUUGAUACUACUCUCAGCCACAAAACAAUGAAUCAGAAUCCAAAUGAGAGCAGCACAUCUCCUGCCCUAUCAUCUACUCAUCCUGUGCACCCCGUCAUUCAUUCUGUGGACCCCAUCAUUCAUCCUGUGACUACCACUGAAGCUCUGGUUGAAACUCCAGCUUUGAUAACUACCAAACAGCCAUAUGUGUGUGAUAUCACAGUUCCUGAUCCCUACUUGAUCACAGCUGUGCUGGCCCGAAGAGCUGUGCAGGAAUACAUCAUUACAGCGAUCAAGGAAGUGCUGAGAGUUCACUUCAGCCGGGCAGUAGAACUGGAGGUUUAUGAAAUUUUCCCAGAUUUCUCUUUCCUGGUUACUUCUGGUCCUUUCAUUUACACAGCAAUUGCGGUCAUAAACGUUCUUAUAAAUAGCAACCUUGUCCGGGAUCAGGCUCCUUUAAUUCUAUCACUGCAGCCUUCCUUCACUGUGCCAGAUUCCAGAUUCCAAGUUCAGACAGUGCUUCAGUUUGUGCCUCAGAGUGUGGACACUGGCUUCUGCAAUUUCACCCAGCGCCUUGAGAAAGGCCUCAUGACAGCAUUCACUGAAGUGAGAAAACACCAAGGGACAUACAACUUCACAGUGCAGAUAUUGAAUAUUACUCUGGGGACAUCAUGGACAGCUCCUCGCCAGGGACCAGUGAAUAUUAUCUUUGCUGUUAAAAGCAAGAAAGGGUUCUUGAAUGGCUCAGAAGUCAGUGAGAUUCUCAGAAACUUGAGUAUGGUGGAAUUCAGUUUCUAUCUGGGAUAUCCUGUGCUACAGAUUGCUGAACCCUUCCAAUAUCCACAGCUCAAUUUAUCUCAGCUAAUGAAGUCAUCUUGGGUAAGAACAGUUCUCCUGGGUGUCUUCGAGAGGCAGCUACAGAAUGAAGUGUUUCAAGCCGAAAUGGAACGGAAGUUGGCCCGGUUGCUCAGUGAAUCUUUAACCAGAAGGCGGGUAUGGAGACGAGCCACCUUUGCAGGAAACAAUGUGGUGCAGGUUGUUAAUGUCUCACGGUUAGAAGGUGAUGACUAUCCGGUCCAGCUCAUCUAUUUUGUGGAGGAUCAAGAUGGAGAAAGGCUCAGUGCAGUGAAAUCUUCAGAUAUGAUCAACAGGAUAGAUAUCCAGAGAGCCGCUAUCAUCAUGGGCUACCGCAUCAAGGGCAUGAUUGCCCAGCCUGUAGAUCGGGUGAAAAGGUCACCUUCUGGAUCCCAAAGCAGCAACCUGUGGAUCAUUGUUGGCGUGGUGAUUCCAGUGAUUGUGGUAAUGACCAUCAUCAUCAUUCUCUAUUGGAAACUCUGCCGCACAGACAAACUGGACUUCCAGCCUGAUGCUGUGAGCAACAUUCAGCAGCGUCAGAAGCUUCAGAUCCCCAGUGUGAAGGGUUUCGAUUUUGCUAAGCAGCAUCUGGGUCAACACAAUAAAGAUGACAUAUUGAUUAUUCAUGAGCCAGCACCGCUGCCAGGACCAGUGAAGGAUAACACUACUCCUUCUGAAAAUGGAGAUGUGCCAAGCCCCAAGUCAAAGAUCUCUUCAAAGAACAUCCGUCACAGAGGAAGAAUUUCUCCCUCAGAUGGUGACUCUACAGUAAGCGAAGAGUCCAGUGAGAGAGAAGCUGGGGAAAAGCCAUCAGUAGUUAUCAAUGAGGGCAAAGCACGAAGAGCACCCCCAAGUGGACCACCACUCACCAGUACUGGAAAUGAACAACCUUCGUCAGCAUCGAUCUUUGAACAUGUGGAUAGGUUAUCCCGCACUUCAGAAGCCAGCAGACGGGUCUCCAGUAAGAUCCAGCUAAUUGCCAUGCAGCCCAUCACAACACCUCCAGUUCAGCACCCAGUACUAGCUGACCGAGUGGCAGAAACCAACAAAAUCAACAAAGAGAUUCAGACAGCCCUUCGGCACAAAUCAGAGAUCGAACACCACCGAAACAAGAUUCGUCUCCGGGCCAAGCGUAGAGGACAUUAUGAUUUCCCUGUGGUUGAUGAACUGUCAGCAGGUGACACGAAAGAACGUCAUCGGGUGUAUCGAAGGGCUCAGAUGCAGAUUGAUAAGAUCUUGGACCCUGCUGCCAGUGUGCCUACUGUGUUCAUAGAGCCAAGAAAGAGUUCCCGUGCAAAACGUUCUCCAAAGCAGCGUCGGAAGCACCAAAUCAAUGGAAGCCCGACUGAUGCUGAGAAGGAUAGACUGAUCACGACGGACAGUGAUGGCACCUACAAAAGGCCACCAGGAGUCAACAAUUCUGCCUAUAUUUCAGAUCCUGACUUGCCUGCAGAGCCUCAGUCACCUUCCUCUGCUGACCUGGGGAAAUAUCCAGGCUUACCCUUCCCUGCUUCCCAGUACAUCCCGCCCAAGCCAUCUAUUGAAGAAGCAAGACAGACAAUGCACUCCCUCUUGGAUGAUGCCUUUGCUCUGGUAGCUCCCAGUAGCCAAGCAAUUCAGCCUUCUUCUGUUACUGCACCUGGGGUCACAUCAGGCCUACAAGUCAACAGUACUGCUGCCCAAGAAGAGCGGCGAACUACCCAGUGGGGUUCCUUUUAUGGCCCAACUCAGACAACCAGCAAUCCAUGUAGUCGAUAUGAAGACUAUGGAAUGACUCCUCCAUCAGCACCAGGUCCGCUGUCAAGACCAGGUUUUGGUCCUGGUUUGCUCCAGUCUUCAGAACUGAUACCACCUGAGUCACAGCAUACCCAGUCAUCAGCUGAAGCUGCAUUUGCCACUCGAGGAAUCUAUCCGGAAGAGAUACCAUCAGUGGCUCGGCCCCGGCCUGUUGGAGGCACUUCAGGUUCACAGAUGCAGCAUCUCACACAGGUGGGCAUUGCCAACAGAAUCGGGGCACAGCCUGUAGAGAUUCCAUCCAGCAGAACAGGCCAGUAUAGUGGGCCAGGAUGGCCCUCCUAUCAUGGGGAAGACGAAUCCGGGAGGAGAGAUGCUACUCAUGGGCUUGGACACCAAGAGUAUUCUUCUUCACCAUUGUUUCAGGUGCCAAGGACUUCGGGUAGAGAGCCCUCCGCACCACCUACUCACCUCCCCCACAGGAGCCUCCAAGGACCAGGGCUGUGCUACAACAACACCAGUUCUACAGAAGACCUCCAGCCAGGGCAUUCUUCUGCUUCUCUCAUCAAAGCCAUUCGAGAGGAGCUCCUUCGACUCUCCCAGAAACAGGCCACAGUGCAGAACUUCCAUAGCUGAUCCAUCCUUCCCUUGCAAAUUUGCCAAGUAUCUGCUUCCUAUGGAAGUAAGACUGAAAGGAAGCCAACCGAGUUGUUGUUUUAUAAUAGGGGUGAACCUGUACUGUACAAGAUACCAAUGCGUGUGUCUGUGUGGGGGGAGGGAGGGAAAAACGGCAAGUUUUAAAGAUGGAAGAUGCCACAAGUUACCACUUUACAGUUUGUAAACCUGUUUAAUCUGUUGGCCAUUUCAUGACUGCUUGGACUCAGCCAACUGCUACGUUUUAGGUCAAAAGCAACACUCCAUCAAAAAACAACAACAAACCGAGAUGAUCAAAUUCCCAAAUUAGACUAUUUAAGGAAAAAAGAUAAAAUUUGUAGAUGGAUUAAGGGAGUAAAGGAAUCAAGCAUUUUUCAUUAUAAGGCUUUGUAGUUCAGAUAAGUAUGAUUCAUGUUGCUGCUUUGUUUUUUCAGGGGAAAAAAGAAUUCAAGGACAUUUUGUUAAAAGCUUGAUUUUUUUUCCCCUCCUCCAUAGAAACUCAUUGUAAUAGUAGUACUAACAGCAAGAAUAAUAAUAUUGUCCAGAGAAGAGAGGAAAGAAGUGACUGACUAGUAAGAAACCAAAACACGGAAGCUCUAAGUGCCCGAUGAUUCCAAACAAAACUGUCCUCUGCAUGCCUCCACUUUGUCUUUUGGUGCUGCUGCUCUAAGCGUUCCUUGACCUUUCUGUGAAAUGAAAUCAUGGCCAUUUAUUGCAAGGACAUAUUAAAAGACUCAUUCUCUUCAGGAAAUGAAAACCUCUUAAAAAAAAGGCUUAAUAUUUAUUUGGUUAGUGAAAAUCUGUCAUGGACUAGUUUUAAAUUCAUAUUUACGUAUACUUCAUUUUUUUUCUGAAUCAGGUGUUUUCAGUUAUCAAUAGAAUCCCAUGUUAAUUCCAUUCAUUGCAAAAUCAAUUUCUAUACAGUGAAGCAGUUUAACUCAGUUGGUACCUCACUGUCGUCCUCCAUCUCACUGUUGAUUUAGAAUUCACAGAUUCUUAAGCUUGGGAGUCAGAGGCCCUGGGUUUGAAUCCCUACUUUGUUAGAGAUUACUCUUUUUGUGAACUAGAGCAAGUCACUGUGUCAUUUUCUUCCUCUUUAUAAUAAGGGCUUGGACCGUUUGUGAUCUCUGAUGUUCUUUCUAGAUCUAAAUCCUAUGAUUCCACCUAAGUAAAGUUGUGUUUUGUUUGAGAGACAGUGAAACCCAAGACAUCCCAAAUUGUUGUGGUUGGGUUUUUUUUUUUAAAUAUAAUUUUGUUGAAAUGCGUACAUUGCUAAAAAUCAUGUUCACAGCAUGACAGGGCUAGGAAAAUGACCCAAAGUCAGCCCGGCUUCUCUGUACUAAAUUGGACAAGGAGAAGAGCUCCUUGGGACCCAGAAAAUUUGACCUAUCUCCUGGCUUCUUGAUGUGUGUUGUUCUGGUCAGGGAAAAAUUGAGAAAUUUCCUAUACAGCUUGGGGCUGAUACUUGAACCUAAGGACAAGGAAUUUAUGGCCCAAGCAUCCCUGUUAGGACCAUCAGGCAGCUUGCUGUGAUAGCAGAGAUUCUUCCAGUUGAGCAUAUUUGAAAAACAAAAGGUAGCGUCUAUGGCCUACUUAGAUGUUUGACCACACAGACAAAGGAACAAAGUUACAGAUUAAAUUCAACAAGGUUUUAUUAAAGUACCUACUAUGUGUAAAGCAGAUUUUGGAGAUUAAUAAUUCAGGUCAGUUUCUAAGAACACCAAAAAUGAUAAAAAUAAGUUCUCAUUAGAAGUUUACUUCUUUUGUGAAUUGAUCACAUUUCAUUUUUCUUAACUAUA